AUUGUCCAUGCACAAACAUGGAUGUGUAAUGCGGAAUAUAAAUUCAAUCUAAAGUGUAAUCAGUGUCUGUGUUGUUGAGCCAUAACGUUUAUUACACUCCUAUAAUGACCACAUAUCGAUCUGAUCAGAGAUACUGUAUGUGGCUCCUGCACCAGUAGAGGAAGAUCUGGGUGGUGAGGGUUUAACAGCAUCACGGCCCCAUAACCAACAAAUCUCCACACACGUCAUCACAGACGCAGUAUAGUCAGGGAGCCACUGCAGAAGCAUAGAGCAUUUGCGACCGAGAGAGCGGAAUAAAUGUUCGAAAUAAACAUCGGAAUAGGGGGUGGGAACCUGCAAGCGAAGAUAACUGUGCUACACGUUCCUCCUCUCAAAACGAUUUAUGGUCGAAUGAGGGUGUGAAGAGGCAGUGGUGAGUUGAUGACCGGUCAUAAAACGCUGGCAGGAGAGAUGAGGAAGGACGUAAACAAGAGGGGAGAAACAAAAGGAGCAGGGGAAAGGGAGGAGUAAAAGAGAGUGAAGCAGAAAGAGGUAGAUAAAGAGCAAGAGGGGGCCAUGAGCUCUGCGCCACCCUACGACUCGCUGCCAGCUCGGCCAAGUCCAUGCCGUGUGAAGGAGUGGGAAACAGAGCUGCUCGGUGCCAAAAGACGGUCAUCUCUGGUACAGUCGGCUCUCCCAACCCUACCCUCUGCCUCCCGCCGACCCUCUGCACUUCCUGGAUAUUUGCUGUCUCCAUCGCAAGAAUACGUUGACCAACAACAACGUCUUUCGUUAUCAUUGUGUUCGGAGGCCUCGCUGGCACCCCCUGUGCCUGCUGUGGGCGUUGCCCCACCUUGCUGCCGGGCAGUGGGAGUCAUGCCCUUGCUGCGCCUUGCACUCCUGAUUUUCAGCUUUCUUUUUUGGGCGGCAGGGCUUGCGAUCUUCACCCUGGGGGUAUGGGCGCAAGCUUCGUUAUCCAACUACAUGCUCCUGUCAGCUAACCGAUACCCCAAUGCCCCCACGAUUUUGUUAGGCACAGGGGCUGCCGUGACUGCCUGGGGCUUUUUAGGGUGCUUGGGAGUGGCUGCCAACCUUCCUUACCUCCUGCGGGCAUAUGGCGUCUUCCAGCUGGCUACGCUUAUAGGUGGACUAGCUGCUGGGCUUUCAGGUCUUUUCUACAGGGAGGAUAUCGCUGAAGGGUUUCGUAGUGGCCUACAGAAAGCGGUACUGGACUACGGAGAAGACGAGGGCCGUGCAGAUGCACUGGAUAGCCUACAGAGGGCGUUGAAAUGCUGCGGUGCCGAGGGUUGGCGUGAUUGGCUCUCGUCCGACUGGGCCACUCAAGAUGGUAUUUACUCAUCGGGACUUCCAGGAAAUGACUCUCUGGCUCUUUCGCUACCAGACAGUUGCUGUGUACGCCGCAGAGGGUGUCGAAACAGACCGUUGCAAGAUGGUGGUAACGGCGAUCCAGAGGGGAUUCACGUCCACGGUUGUUUUCGCAAAGUCUUCAGUUUGGUAAAUGACAAAGUCUUUCACAUUGCUGCAACAGUUUUGAGCCUUGCUUUCACUCAGGUGGCAGGUAUCGCCCUUGCAUGCCUUCUUGCCAAUCGUCUUACACCCAGACAGCGACGACAAGCACAUUAAUAAUCAGGACUGUGUUGGACCGAGGAGCUUUGAAUUGUGCAUGAAACCCUGUAACUUUAUGUUUUUAAAUUGUAGAUUUUAGCUGUAGUUGUCACUACACUCUAAAAAAAAAGCUAUAUAGCACUUAAAGUGGUUCUUUGCUCGUAAUCAUAGAAGAGUCACUUUUAGUGCUAUAUAGCACCAUAUCUUGGGGCUUCAGAGGUUCUUAAGAGAUUCUUUGGGGUGACCGAGGUGCUAUAUAGCACCGUUUCCAUAUAAACAACCUGUUAAGCCCCUGUAUGGUUCUUCAGCGAUUCUAUAUAGAACCUCAGUCAUCCCAAAGAGCCGCUGAAGAACAACUGAAGCACCAAAAUAUGGUGCCAUAUAGCACUAAAAGUGGUUCCCCUGUGUUUACGAGCCAAGAACCACUUUUAGUGCUAUAUAGCACCAUAUUUUUUUUUUAGAGUGAAGUAACGCUCGCCAUAAUCUUGCUGCAGACGGCAUGGAUAAGAUUGUGAGCUCUGACAGCAUUUUGGUUCUACAUAAAAUGGCAAAUGUCUUUUUUACAAAUAAUGUCAAAAACAGAUUUGAUUAAAUAUUGAGACCAAUUUAGAUGUAAAUUUUGAAUUGUCUUGUGUAUAUUGUAAUGUGAUUGUUGCAUGAUUUGAGUCUAAUAAAGUAGUCAAAGUAAAAAAAACUUUACUUAUUAUAUAUGCCAAAUAUAUGUUUCUGCAUUAAAGCAUCAUAACAGUUCUGUAAUGCGUAGAUCAGCAGGUGGUAUUCUUUGUUAUAUUUGUAGUCAUUUUAAGACAUCUAUAAUAUUACUUGUCAUUUUCAUAUGCAUUCUGUAAAUUGUGUUUGUCAUUAGAAACAUGACCAAUAGUGAUUGUAGUGUGUCUUGGCUUUUUCCUCUUGAAUUCUUCAUUGGCAGGUUAUUGUACAUUGAUUAUGACAAUUAAAAGAAAAAACAUACAAUUGUUGUGUUCUUAAAAAUAAACUGCUUAAGAAGGAUCAUGGAGGCUGAAUCAUGUGAAUCAUCUUGCUGCCAAAGAUGUUGUUCCCACUAUUAUGAAAAUACUGUUGUGAACAAAAGCAUGCAUACAAAUCCCAAAAAAUAUUAUUUACACAAUACUUAAACCCCUCUUGGCUAUUUGUGCCAACUUGAUUUAUAUUGUGAUAUCUCUAAAGAAAGCUGUCUGCAUCUUCAAACAUUUUUUGUAUAAAAAAUGUGUAUUUCCUUGUUGUGAUCUCAGCUCAAUUAAAAGCAUGUG